CAACAACCAAGAAGAAGAAGAAGGAAAGAAAAGGUAACCAGCGUGAAAUAGUUUGCGGACAGCAGCAUGGGUCGCCGAAAAGCCAAACGGAAGCCUCCUCCAAAGAAGAAGUUGACCGGAGAUUUGGAGACUCAGUUCACGUGUCCCUUCUGUAACCACGAAAAGUCAUGUGAUGUCAAAAUGGAACGAAGCAGAAAUACAGGGAUAAUAUCGUGUACAGUCUGCUUGGAAGAGUUCCAGACCACUAUUACCUACCUGUCGGAGCCAGUUGACGUGUACAGUGAUUGGAUAGAUGCCUGUGAAGCAGCCAAUCAGUAGCCCUCGCUGGUGUGCGACGUGUUUCUGGAGUGGAUGCAGACGUGGCCGGUGAGCCUGGACCCAUCGGCAUUCAGAUGUUUAGGAUAAUCUUUUAUUUUGCUGCAACUAAUCACCUAGUGGUUGAAGACUGACACGUGUGUGUGAACAGAAGUCACACUUGGGGUGCGUCAGUACAAAUAGACCGUUUGGUUUCUGAGCAUGUUAACUCCAUGUCUGAUCAGUCUGACUGGUCUUACAUGAUGUUUUGACUUUAGAUUUAAGGCAUAAAUCCUUGACUGUUGCUUUUUUAAAAAUGCUACACUCGUUUAAACUGCUAGAUGUUUAAUUAAUAAUUGGUAAAUAAAUUUUUGAAAUUGCCUCUAGUCUUAAAACAGGUACUAUUGUAGGCUCUCAUAAUCCGUAUUUUAAAGUUGCAGUUAGCCCAUGUGCACUCCCUGCAGUGAGAGUAGUAUUUGGAAAAUGUCAACACACUGGCAGUGUACAUAAUCACAGUAUACCUUGGGGGAACUUGAAAAUAUUGUAGGGAAAAAAUGCAUUUAGUCAGGCCUGUAGGUACUUGGAGAGAGACAAUUCUCUCAUUUUAUCUCAACAAUGGAGGUGAAAUGAAGCAAUCAAGAUUUUUGUCAUAUCGACAUUCAGCUUUAAUUCAAGGCCAGUAACAAAAU